CCUCCUCCUCCCUCAGCGCCGCCCCAGCAGCAGCAGCAACAACAACAACAAAACAUCUUCCGCCGAAUCACGUCCAGGUUCCGCUCCCCGCACGCGCCCAGUCAGCCGCCCCCGCAGCCAUCCGCGCAACACCCGCAAGCGCGGCCACGCCCCCCACGCAACAGCACCACCGCGGACCCGCCACAGCGCAAGAGCACGCUCCUGCGCGUCGUGCACAUGCCCCCGAUGCCCAGGGCGCCCGUGCCCGCCGCGCCCCCGAACGACUUCACGUCCCUGGAGCAGCGCCAGGCCGCGCUGCGUGCGCGCGGGCUCGUCCCCGCCGCCUCGCGCCGGUUCCGCGACGCCGACGGGUACAUGAUGCCGCUCAGCGAGCAGGAGGCGGAGAUCGAUAGGCGGUUCACGAUCGUCGUCCCCGGGGACGAGAGCGGGGAGGGCGAGAGUGAGAGCGAGGCGACGCGCAUCAGGGAGGCGUGGCUCGCGAAGCAGGCGGAGGGGGGUGCGCCGGGCUUGGGCAGGGAGGGCGCCGAGUCCGAACCAAGCCUGGCAUGCGUCCAAGACAGCCCACCCUCCGCGCCGGCUCUGCCUCCGCACUACAGUCCGACGCAGUCUAGAAAGACAGCCUUCACUCCUCCACCGCCAAUGCGCACCCGCGCUCAGUCCCCAACACCC